GCUGCCCCUGUGGGGGAGGUGGAGGGAGUGAGACAGAGGACUUGGACCGCUUCUGGCCACAUCUGGACAACAGAGCACCUAGGCCAGCAUGCUCACCCACAGGACACCUCCAUGUGAAUUAGAAAAGGCAUCACUCGCCUGGGAGGAGGCAGUGGGGCCUUCAGACGCUUCUAUGGCAGGAAACGUGGCUGACUCCCAGCCUUGAAGGCUGCCCACGGCUGCAGGCAUCCAUCACCCUCUCCUUCCCCUUGCAGACAUGGACGAAUGUCUGGACCCCAGAAUCUGUAAAAGCCGCAGCAACUGUAUCUACACUCAUGGCAGCUACACCUGCACGUGCCCACCAGGAUUUGAGCUGAACCCAGAGGACCCGAAGCUGUGCAAAGAUGUGAAUGAGUGUAUCUUGGGGCAAAACCCAUGCCACAAAACCACCCACUGCCUCAACAAUGUGGGCAGCUAUAAGUGCCGCUGCCGCUCUGGCUGGAAGCCAAUUCCUGGGUCCCCCAAUGGCCAAAUCAACACCGUCUGUGAAGAAGAGAUCUCCUUCCCCACCUGGAUCCCGCCCCCUGGAAUCAAGAGCCAGAGUCUCUCUCGCUUCUUUGAAAGAGUCCAGGACCUGCGCGGAGACUUCAAGUCUGCCUUGGCCCAGGACACCAUCCAGGACAUCAUACAGGAGGUGGAUAAUCUGCUGGAGACCCCGGGGGACCUGGAUACUCUGCCCCAUUCAGAGCAGCACUGUGUGGCCACUAACCUGCUGACUGGCCGGGAGCACGUCCUGAGAGAGCUGAGCAAGGCCCUGCCCAAUGGGCCACUGACCUUCAGGACAGCUGCAGGAACAGAACUGUCCCUGGAGGUGAAGAAGCAAGGAGACAAGAAUGUCACCCUGAGUGUUAAUCAGGCAAAGAUGCUGGUGAACUGGGAUGUGGUGCAGGACUCAGGUGACUCAGGCCCUGCUGUGGUGGGCCUUGUCUCCUCUCCAGGGAUGGGCAAGUUGCUGCUUGAGGCCCCCCUGUUCCUGGAAACUGAGAAGCAGUCAGUUCUGAAUGAGACACACAAGGGCCUGCAGCAGGAAGUCUCCCCUGUCCUGCUCUCAGAUGUCAUAUCCGCCUUUGUGAGCAACAAAGACACUCAGAACCUCAGCUCCCCAGUCACCUUUGUCUUCAAGCAUUCGGUGACCCCGAGGCCAAAGCAGAAGUUGUUCUGUGUCUUCUGGGAGCCUGGCCAGAAUGGAAGUGGUCAUUGGUCCACCAAAGGCUGCUGGAGGGUGGGCACCAGAGACAUCAGCACCACCUGCCAAUGCACCCACCUCAGCAGCUUUGCCGUCCUCAUGGCCCACUAUGAUGUGCAGGAGGAGGAUCCCGCCCUGGCUGUGAUCACCUACGUGGGGCUGAGCCUCUCUCUCCUGUGCCUCCUCCUGGCGGCCCUCACCUUCCUGCUGUGCAAAGCCAUCCAGAACACCAGCACCUCACUCCACCUGCAGCUCUCACUCUGCCUCUUCCUGGCCCACCUGCUCUUCCUCACGGCCAUCGACAGAACUGAGCCUAAGGUGCUGUGCGCCAUCAUCGCAGGUGCCUUACACUAUCUCUACCUGGCCUCCUUCACCUGGAUGCUGCUGGAGGGCCUGCACCUCUUCCUCACCGCACGCAACCUGACGGUGGUCAACUACUCCAGUGAGCUCAUGAAGAAGUUCAUGCUCCUUGUGGGCUACGGAGUCCCAGCUGUGAUUGUGGCCAUCUCUGCAGUGUCCAGGCCUGACCUUUAUGGAACACCUGCUCGCUGCUGGCUCCACCCAGAAAAGGGAUUUAUAUGGGGCUUCCUUGGACCAGUCUGCGCCAUCCUCUUUGUCAAUCUAGCUUUCUUUCUGAUGACCCUCUGCAUUUUGAAAAGCAAACUCUCUUCACUCAACAGUGAUGUGUCCACCCUCAAGAAUACAAGGAUGCUGACAUUUAAAGCGAUAUCUCAGCUCUUCAUCUUGGGCUGCACGUGGUGUCUGGGAAUCCUGCAGGUGGGUCCAGCUGCUCACGCCAUGGCCUAUCUCUUCACCAUCAUCAACAGCCUGCAGGGCGUCUUCAUCUUCCUGGUGUACUGUCUCCUCAGCCAGCAGGUCCGGAAGCAAUACAGGAAAUGGUGGAAAGGGGUCAGGAAAACCAAAGCAGAGUCUGAGCAAUACACCCUCUCCACCGGAGCCAUGUCAGACACCCCUAAACACAGUGUGGUAAAAGGUGAUGGAUUGACAGCAUAAAAGAGGAAAUUAAGUCAAUUCUAAGAAAACUAAAAGUGGGUCACUAAAGAAAAAGAGGUGAAAUCACAUGAUUAUUGUCCUUUUCUUUCUGACUUAUUUCACUUACGAUAGUACUCUCCUGAUUGAUGUUGUUGCAAAUGCCAAUACUUAUUCUUUUUUAUGACU